UCCCAUGACAACAAUCCAUAUCUUCGUCCGUGUUUGUAUCGAAAUUCUCUUCAAACCAACGGAUUAUCGUAAUUUCUUUCGAAUAUUCAUUUUUAUAACUCGAAAAAAUGAUUCCACCAAAUGCGUCACUAGUCAAAUAUGAUAACCCUGUUCUUGUAAGCAGAAAUACUGAGAAGAAAACACCUCGGGCAAGAGCUCUGAAGACAUCACCACAGCAGCCAACCAAUGCUGGCCCAGUACCUAACCCUCCUCCCAAGGGAGGUAGUAAACUUCCACCUGUAGAGUCACAGAAAGCUCAGCAGACAGAUGAAAUACUCAACUCAAUUUUGCCACCUAGGGAAUGGACAGAAUCUGGUCAGCUUUGGGUUCAGCAGGUGUCCAGUACUCCGGCCACGCGACUGGACGUGGUCAAUCUGCAAGAGCAGCUGGACAUGAGGCUUCAGCAGAGACAGGCCAGGGAGACCGGUAUCUGCCCAGUUAGGAGAGAGCUUUACUCACAGUGCUUUGAUGAGCUGAUCCGUCAGGUGACCAUCGAGUGUGCAGAGCGUGGACUACUCCUUCUCAGGGUCAGGGAUGAGAUUAGGAUGACUAUCGCUGCUUACCAGACCCUCUAUGAAAGCAGUGUAGCCUUUGGUAUGCGCAAGGCACUACAGGCUGAGCAGGGCAAGUCAGAUAUGGAGAAGAAGAUCACAGACCUAGAGCAGGAGAAGCGCGAGCUGGAGCGACAGGUCAAUGAAUUAAAGGCCAAAUGUGAGGCCAUUGAGAAGAGAGAGAAUGAGAGGAGACAAGUAGAAGAGAAGAAACAUGCAGAAGAGAUUCAGUUUCUUAAGAGGACUAAUCAACAACUUAAGACGCAACUGGAAGGUAUAAUUGCUCCAAACAAGAAGUAAGAUGAAUGGUGACCUCCGAAGCGGAAUAUUCCCUGUAUACUUGUAUAUAAUUAGGUAGAACUACAUGUACAUAUUCCUGGAUAUGGUCUUGUAUAUACAUGUAGAUAUAUUACAUUAUAUUUGUCGAAUAAACCUUUUAAAAAUCAAUUAAAAAGGAAUAUAUAAAAACACUACCCUGUGAUUGCAUAUUUACAAUAUGUUUGUUAUCUGAUAUUUAGAAUUUUAGUGAUGUUACAGGUACACCUACCAAACUGACUCCUGACCGGCUAAAGCAUUUAUUUUAUCACCUAUGGCAUGCCAUUGGUAGGUUUGGAGUUGGGUUUGUUGGUGUAGCUGUAGCAUUAGAUAUUGGGUUUUGCAGCUGGUGGACGUAUCCCUUUCUGACUCGUCCCCCAUAUCUGAACCAGUACUCUACAGUUGUAAGUCGGGCAGUUACUCAUAUGUCCGUGAAAGAAUAUCUGUGGCUGUGCCUUUAGCAUAGAGACAAGGAAAAAAAAGUAUUUCUCUUUAGUGUUAUUUAUUGCUUGCUAAAGAUUUUCAAUUCAAAUCAAAAAAUAAAUUGAUUGUACAGUAGACUCUGCAUAAGUUUAUAUUCAACAAAACACACGAAUUUGAAGCAUAUUUCAGACAAGAAAAUGUGAAAUAUGUUAAAGUCAAAUUUCAAUAUUGUGGAACAAGUUUCUUUGAUCCCAUGAGUUUCGACUUGGGCAGCGUCACCCGUAUAUUUUACGUUGUAGGACAGAGUUCAAUUUGUUUUUAACUGUCGUAAGUAUGAUUUGAUGAAAUUCUGUACCUAAUUAGAUCUUGGCCAAUCAGAUGCCAUGAUUUCAGGGACUGAUAAUAUUGCUGUAUGAAACAGGCCAUGGUUGUUUGAUUAUAUAUUCUGCUACUGAGAUGUGGAUUAUCAUCCAUAAAUUUGCAUUGUAGUAAAAUAUCGGGAAAGAUGAAGCAAAACUCUUUGUGUGUGAUUUCUCAACUUUACCGAUGUGAUGUUAACCGUCCAGAAAUGUUGUUCACAUACCGUAGGUAUGGAAUAACUGUGUAAUGUCAUUCUCAGUGUCUCUUUAAUCCUAUUUUUAUUUUACUUUAAGAGAAGAUUACAUUACAAGCGGCAAACCAGAUUUGAUCAAUUGUAAACAUCUGUAUACAUGUAUUUGAAAUAGAAUUUUUCAAUAUUUUGAUUACUUCUUCAUAUAUGCAUAUUUUUACUACAAUAUGUAUAUGUAUGUCAAUACAUAUCGAUUCCUGCCAUUCAGAUUUGUAUCCUCACUGUAUUCUAUGCAUUCCUCAUGUUCAUUCUCCAAUUAACAUGAAUCAUUGCACCUUGAUCUUAUCGCCUGUAAAGGGAAAGUGUACUUCUUCAAUAAAUUUGUAAAUUAACACUUUGAA